AUGGAGGAUGAUUUCAAGACUGAGUCAUCAUCAUCUACCUUUACUCUUCAUGGUUCUUCAGAGACAUUGUUUUCUAUUCAGCUACUAGAUUUCAAAACAAGUUUACUGGAAGCAUUAGAAGAGUUGCGUAUGAGAAGGGAAGCAGAAACUCAAUAUGAAGAGCAAAUUGGUAAAAUUAUUGUGGAGACAGAAGAACUUAAAUGGCAAAAGGAAACUCUUCAGAAUCAAAAGGAAACAUUAGCAAAGCAACACAAAGAAGCGAUGGCUGUUUUUAAAAAGCAGUUGCAAAUGAAGAUGUGUGCCUUGGAAGAAGAAAAGGGAAAAUAUCAACUUGCUACAGAAAUAAAAGAAAAAGAAAUAGAAGGUUUGAAGGAAACAUUAAAAGCAUUACAGGUUUCUAAAUAUUCUUUACAGAAGAAAGUGAGUGAAAUGGAACAAAAGGUCCAGUUACGUCUUCUGGCUAAAGAAGAUUAUCAUAAGCAACUAAAUGAAAUCGAGAAAUACUAUGCCACUAUAACAGGUCAAUUUGGAUUGGUAAAAGAGAAUCAUGAAAAGUUAGAACAAAAUGUACAGGAAGCAAUGCAAUUAAACAAAACACUUUCAGCUUUAAAUAAAAAACAAGAAUCUGAAAUAUGCAGUUUAAAGAAGGAACUAAAAAAGGUAGCCUCAGACUUGAUAAAGUCCAAGGUCACAUGUCAAUAUAAGAUGGGAGAAGAAAACAUCAAUCUAACAAUUAAAGAACAAAAAUUUCAAGAACUUCAAGAAAGACUCAACAUGGAAUUGGAAUUAAAUAAGAAGAUUAAUGAAGAGGUUACCCGUAUUCGAGAAGAAAAACAAGAUAUCAUCAUUUCUUUCCAACAUAUGCAACAGUUACUUCAGCAACAAAUUCAAGCUAAUACUGAAAUGGAGGCAGAAUUGAAGGUGCUAAAAGAAAAUAAUCAGACCCUUGAAAGAGAUAAUGAGCUGCAAAGGGAGAAGGUAAAAGAAAAUGAAGAAAAGUUUCUUAAUCUUCAAAAUGAGCAUGAGAAAGCACUGGGAACUUGGAAAAGACAUGUAGGUUUAUUAAAUGGAUGAAUACAUUCUUUUAAAAAUGAGAUAGAAAACAUUAGAAUGUAUCAUAUAAAGGUUGCACAAAGGUUUUAUACCUUUUAACAAUCCGUUUUUACAUUAAAGGAAUCUUUUCCAUUUUACUAGAAUGUUCCAGAAGUAAAUAAUGAAAACAGUGAAAUGUCAACUGAAAAAUUAGAAAACACUAUCAUACAGAAAUAUUCUGAGCAAGAAAUAAGGGAAGAAAAUACUGAGAGUUUUUGUUCAGAUACUGGAUACAGAAAAAAGGAGGAAAAGAAAGAAGGCCCAUCUGUAGAAGAAAUCGUUAUAGAAGAUUUACAGCUUUUUGAAAAAAGCUUCAAGAAUGAAAUUGAUACUACUGUAUCUCAGAAUGAAAAUCAAAGUGAAAUCUCCCUAAGCAAAACCCUCUGCUUAGAAAGAGAAGUAAUUCCUCAAGGACAAACCUUGAAUGUUACUGACAUGAGAAAAUCAGUUCCUACAGAAAUAAAAGACAUGAUGUGCUUAGAAAAAGACACUGGACGUACAGAAUUUAAAACACCAAAUAAUCCUUUUUUAGUGGUAGGUAUAGCAGUAGAAACAGAAAAGAGAAAUAUAGAAAGAAAUGAAGGAUUAGAAUUAGAUCUUCACCGUGCAGAUACACACCAGGAGGAUGAAAACAACACAACAUCAUUUAACAGUGUUUUAAAUGAGACAGCUCACAAUGCAAAUCAUAAUAAAGAUGUUUCUGAAAAUGAAUCAUUCAGACAAUUCAGUUCACUCCUGAGGACUGAAGAAAAUGCUACAGAGAAGGAAAAUAGAGACCAAACCAAAGCAGAUUUGGAUACAUCUCUAGAUGUAAAGAAGAAUCCUGUUCUGUGUCAGAAACAUAGUUUACAGGAUUCCAGUAAUGUUAUGUUAGAUGAUAAACAAUGUAAAAUGAAACAAAUACAACUGUUAAAUAAAAAAAGUGAGUGCAGCACAUUACCUUUUAAAGAAGCUUCAGAUUUUCAGCAGCUCUGUAAUGAUACUUCAGAGAAAACUGAACUAACUGUUCCCUGUGAUUCAGUAAUUGAUCACCGCAUUUCAUCUGUAUUCAGUGACAAUUUGAAAGUACUUAAGAAUGCAGAUAAAAAUGUUAACAGUAUGCCUAUGUUGGUGAAACCCAAUUCAAGCCCUGGGGAAAGAACUAUCUGGAAAAAUGUGAAUGAUAUUCAAAACAGUCAGUUUAAGAACUGUAUAGGAUAUUUAGAAAACAAUGAUGUGACCAUUUCCCAUCUUCAAGUUAAUGAUGAGAAUAGUCAUGCUUCACAAGCCAAAGAUGUGAAAACUGCUGUUCACCCAAAAACUUCCACAGCAAUACAGUUUUCUAAUAAAGAGAGACAGAUUGAUGAGAAUCAGAUAACUGAAGCCACAAAAAAUGACCUCUUCCUUUUUGUGAAUGUUAAUGAAAGACAGCAUACAUUGUUAAAUAAUACAGAGAAAACAGAGUCAUUAAAUGACAUCGUUUCAGGAAAAAUGUACAGUGAAGGACAGCUGGAGGAAUCACAUUCAUUUCAUAUAAAGCCAUCUGGAGAUUUAGUAAGUAGAAGUGGAAGGUCAGCCUUUGAUCCUUCAGCUUCAGAUAAAAAAACUGAGAAAACUCCAGUAUACAUGAAUUUUUCAGAACCCAGUCCUUGGUCAAAAGUAAAUCAAAUUGAAAGUCAAACAGUGGGCAUUUCAACUUCUAGCAUUUCUUUGUUGCUGAAGGAGAGACCAAUAGGUCCAUCAGAAAACAGAAAGAUAAUUUCAAUGGCUCUUUGUAAAAAUGUUGAUGUGGAUGACAUCAGAAAAGAUAUUGGACCAGAUACUACCAGCAUUAACAGAGUUGCUGACACUUUGAAUAACUGGAGUAUCCAUCCAGAUCCCAAGGGAGAACCCAGUGAAGAAAGGAAUGCAACUGCAAAGACUUUUUAUGAUUCUUCUUUUCCCACAGAACAUGUGAAAACAAAGCCUCUGAAAUCAACUCUGCUACAAAGCCAUUUUCAGGCAAUCAAGAAUAAAGAUACUACUGAUUUGGUGGCCUCUUCUCCUGGUGAAGAUGACUGGCAGAGGCUCAUAACAAAUCAAAUAAAUGAAACUGAAAAGUCACUAGGCUUAGAAAAUGACAACCAACCUAAGAAAAGAAAAGCCGAAGAGAUGCUGGAAAAAACAACAGAUUAACUGAAAUACUGGUACAGUUUUUACUAGAAUGAAAUGACUACAUUACAUUUAA